AUUAUGCUGGCGAUGUGACCUGGGAGAAGCGUGGCAUCGUUAACGUUCGUACGUAUUUUUUAUAGUAUACAUAAGAGAUCUGCAACAUUGGAAUCACUGGUUUGGUGUUACUCACGUAGUUCAACAUGGACGUACAAGUUCCCCCAAAUGAACCAUUGAAGAUUCAAAAAAUUAUCCAAACAUUCCAGUUGAUACCACACCAAGAAGGAGGAUAUUUCAGAGAAACAUAUCGAUCGGGUGCUAAACCCAUGGCGUCACAUGGACUAACUGACGAGAGUGGCGAUGUGAUGAUACCCGGUGGAGACAGAAACUCAGUGCGUAAUGUCUGCACAUCCAUAAUCUAUUUAAUGACGAAGAAUUCUCCUAUAGCUUUCCUACAUCAAAAUAAAUCCGAUAUUGUGAGGUAUCACCAGGGUGGUGGGACGGUUCUGGUUUAUACAGUUUCACCUGACGGCAGACUUCAUCAGCAUAGACUGGGCAUGGAUUUCAAUGCGGGAGAUGUUCUACAAUUGGUGACUCCCGGUGGCUUCUGGGAAGCCUUGGAGCUUGUUGGUGGUGACUGGGCUUUACAAGGGGAAGCUGUGGCCCCUGGGUUCGACUACCGUGACAUGACUCUAGGAACAAAGACAACACUUUUACAGUUUUCUGAGGAAAUUAGAGAUAUUUUACAAUUUUACAUUCACUGUUAAACAGUUGAGUACAAUGA